AUGAGUGGUAAGUUCAAUGGGUUGAAAGCUUUGAUCUUGAGUGAUAAUGACUCGGCAUUUUAUAUACAUUGUUUUACCCAUCAACUUCAGUUAGUAGUUGUGGCGGUUGCAAAGAAACACGAAGGUAUUAAAGACUUCUUUGAUUUGCUUGCGUUGGUUGUUACUGUUGUAAACUCUUCUUGCAAACGAAAAGAUAUGAUACGAAAAAGUCACAAAGAGAGAAUUCAAGAAGAAAUUGGAAAUGACGAAAUUGAGACUGGUAAGGGGUUAAACCAAGAGAUUUCUCUUGUCCGAGCUGGAGAUACACGAUGGAAUUCUCAUCUUAAAACAAUUGUGAGUUUGAUUGCUUUGUUUCCAGAGGUUAUACAAGUGCUUGAAUAUGUUGAAGAUGAUGGUGAUAAUGGAGCUAGUCGGCUUCAAGCAAGAGGUCUUUUAUCAUACUUAAAGACAUUUGAAUUUGUGUUUUAUAUGCACUUGAUAUCAACGAUCUUAGGAUUAACAAAUCCAUUAUCUCAAGCUCUUCAAAGGAAAGAUGAAGACAUCUUGGAAGCUAUUGAUUUUAUAGGAACAACCAAAGGUCAACUACAAAUGUUGAGGGAAAAUGGGUUUGAUCAAGUUUUGGAGAAAUGCUACUCUUUUUGUGAUAAAUAUAAGAUCGUGAAGUUGGAUAUAGCUGAAGCUUAUGUUAAUACAAGAAAUUCAAGGAAAAUGAUGAACAUUACCAAUCAACAUUAUUAUAACUAUGAUAUAUUCAACACUGUUUUGGAUAUGCAGAUUCGAGAGUUUGGUGAUCGUUUUGGUGAGAUAAGCACCGACUUGCUUCAAAAUAUGGCAGCUUUGAAUCCAAAAAAUUCGUUUUCUCAGUUUAACAAAUCAAGCCUAUUGAAGUUGAGUCAGAUGUAUCCCCGAGAUUUUGAUGACAAGGAAAUGAUCAUUCUUGAGCACAAACUUGAUAUCUACUAUCAUUCUGUUUAUAAUGAUGUCAGAUUUGCCAACUUAAACGGUAUUGCCGACCUCGCCAGAUUAAUGGUGGCAACAAGAAAGCAUCUUUCUCAUCCUUUAGUCUACCGGUUAUUGAAACUGACACUGGUUUUACCCUCAUUUGCGCCAUAG